AUGGAAGGCAAAAUCGGCUCUGUUUCUGUUCUACCCUAUCGACUCCCAUCUUUGACGCCUGUCGCUGGCUGCUAUCAUUUCGUCACCUUGGAUGACAUCAAGGGCACCGCUAAUACCUUUCACAACUGUGCCAACCAUGCUUGCCAGGUGACGAAGACGAAAGCCGUCACACAAGAACGAGUGCAAAUGGCUGAAAAAGUCUCCGAAUUAACUCACCAAGGCCCUGAAGAUUUAGUGCUCAACCUCGCACAGCUCACCAAUGCCCUAAUUCUCCAAGUCUUCCAACCUCACGAGCGAUAUCCUGCUCUGGCACGUUCUGAACUCAUUGAGCAUGCGGUGGCCAAUCGGACGCGCCUGAAUGCAGAAGUCGAGCAGCGCAAAGCAGAGGCCCUUCAACGCAAGGAGGACAAUCAGCGAAAAAGAGAGGAGAAGAAGCGUAAACGACACGAAUGCCACGACUACUCAUUGCGAAUCUAA